AUGGUGGGAAUCACGCUCUCCGUAGCAGACAAGUUGCGUAUAGCGGAGCUCUUAGAGGAUCUCGGGGUUGACUAUAUCGAAGCAGGCUGGCCAGGAUCCAAUCCCAAGGACGCCGAGUUCUUCCAGCGAUGGAAAGCCCGGGAGGCAGCAAGGGAGGGGAUAGACAGGUUGACUGCAGCAGGAGGUGACAGUAACGGGGGGGAGGGGAGGCGGACGAAGCUGGCCGCGUUUGGAGCGACUCGUUAUAAGAACACGACGUGUGAGAAGGACGCGAAUGUGCAGGCGCUGGUGGAGAGUGGAGCGCCCGUGGUCACCCUCGUGGCUAAGGCAUGGGACGCCCAGGUGCUCAAGGUGCUAGAAGCGACGUUGGAGGAGAAUCUGGCGAUGAUUGAAGACACGGUGGGGUAUUUCACUGCCAUGGGCCGCCAUGUCAUGCUGGACGCCGAGCAUUUCUACGACGGCUUCUCCGCCAACCCCGAGUACGCCAUGCAGUGUGUGCGGGCAGCAGCAAGGGCGGGCGCAAAGGAGAUAGUGCUGUGUGACACUAACGGGGGCUCCAUGCCAUGGCGCGUGCAUGAAGUAACCCGUAUAGUGGUCGAAGAAUUAGCAAGAGGCGCAGCAGAGGGCGAGUGGGGGAGUGAUGCGGGCGUGGGAGUGCACUGUCACAACGACUGUGGCAUGGCCGUGGCUAACAGUGUGGAGGCCGUGAGGGCCGGGGCGAGAGUGGUGCAGGGGUGUAUCAAUGGGUACGGGGAGCGCACUGGCAACGCUGACAUUGUGACAGCCAUCGGGAUCUUACAGGUGAAGCUGGGGUGCGAGUGCCUGCCUCGGGAUUCACUCGCCAGGCUGGCGGAGAUCUCCGCGGAGAUUGCGCGGGUGGCAGGCCAGCCGCCCAACCCCGCGCAGCCGUUUGUGGGCGCUAACGCGUUCGCGCACAAGGGGGGGAUUCAUGUGGCUGCUCUGAGGAAGAUGCCUGAGAGCUACAACCACUGCGACCCCUCCUUAGUGGGCAAUGCCAUGCGGUCCGUGGUCUCAGACCUGUCAGGCCGGGGCAACAUACUCGAGAAGGCAGAGCGAGCGGGGCUUGACCUGGGCAGGGAGGAGGCGGGGCGGGUGUUGGCGCGCAUCAAGCAGAUGGAGGCGAGAGGGUUUGCCUUCGAGAAUGCCGCUGCUUCGGUGGAUAUGCUGAUUGUGCGGCGAGGGGCGCGCUACCAGAUCCCCUUCCACGUGUUGGAGUUCUCAGUCAUCUCCACCAACCGCCUGGGCGUGCCUCAGCCUAUGAAAGGCACCAGCAGCAGCAGCAGCAGUGGAGAGAGCGGGCCAUCGUCAAGGUCCAAGUGGGCGGCAUCAGCCAGGUAUGGGCGGAAUCAGCCAGGUAGGGGCGGAAUCCGCCAGGUAGGGGCGGAAUCAGCCAGGUAUGGGCGGCAUCAGCCAGGUGCGGGCGGCAUCAGCCAGGUAUGGGCGGCAUCAGCCAGGUGCGGGCGGCAUCAGCCAGGUAUGGGCGGCAUCAGCCAGAUGAGUGCAGCGGAGGGCAACGGGACUGUUGACGCCCUCAACCAUGCCCUGCUGCUCCUACCCCAUAUGCUCUCUCGUCCCUCCCUUGCAUCUGUGUCCUCCCCACUUCUUCCCCACUCCCCCUGCUGCUGCCGCCAUCAGAUGAGUGCAGCGGAGGGGAACGGGCCUGUUGACGCCCUCAACCAUGCCCUGCGGGCCUCACUGGAUCCCCACUUCCCGCAGCUCUCCCAAGUAGAGCUGGUGGACUACCGAGUGAGGCUGCUGGAACCCUCUGAGAGGCGCAGCGGCACCAUGUCCACCACGCGGGUCACCAUUGACUUCUCUGAUAAGAGCUCGGGGGCCACGUGGACCACCGUGGGAGCUCAUUCAUCCAUAGUGGAGGCCAGCUUCCGCGCGCUGAUAGAUGGUCUCGAGUUCGGCAUCGUCAACUGCAACGAGUCGGGCAAGGUACCCCUAGGCAAGUCCUCACCUCGUCCUCACGUGCAGGUGAAUAACUACGGGCGAAUUAACUCGCCCGGCGAUGACAUCCGCGUAGCCAUGGCGAAGAACGCGAGCAAGGCGGGAAGUCCUACCGCCGCCUCCGGUGCGAGCUGUGACGGGGACGACGGAGACGAUGCACAAGGCGACGACGCGGAGGAGGAUUGGCCGGAGAACGGCCACGAUGACAGCACUUCGGGCGACGAAUUAGGUCCUGCCGACAUUGAGGAGGACGAAUGGUGGAAUCAGCCGGUCGGGAGCGACGACGAGGUGGAAGAGUGGUGGGCUGACGACGACGUGCCGCUAUUGAAGCGGAGGCUGCGCCAUCGCCUGCAGUCCACCACGAAGCGCGCCCGCGUGGUGCUUUCUGACGACGACAGUGCCGGGGAGGAGCGUCGCCCCCUACUUACCGCUGCGGAGAAAGGAAAGGCAAAGGUCGUGGAAGCCCCUGCGAAGUCCCCUGCUAUGGCCCCUGCAAAGGCCCCUGCUCGUUGCCGCAAAAGCAACAAGAAGCGCAAGGACGACGGGGACCCUGGAUCCAGCAAGGGUGCGGCUAGGAAAAAGGAGAAGAAGGCACCGAAUCCUGACGACAUCAUCGUCAACGAGGCGUUGGGCAGCGACGAUGAGUACGAGGCGGCGGCGGGCCCGAUUCCCACGUUCCCUGAGAAGGAGUCGCCGAAGGACCCCACCCUCUCUAAUCCCAACACCCGCCCACCUUCCCCUCGCAGCAAAGACACCACGAAGAAGCGCCGCGGCUGGACCGUGCGUGAGAAGCUUAAGUGGGCGCACCGCUAUAAGGAGCUCGGCUCCUUGAAGAAGACAAGCGUGGAGUCCACCGCGAGCGUCACCUGCAUCAGACGCUGGAGCGCGGAGGCGGCUGCGGGCAUCUACAAGGGCGCGGCUAACUGCCGCAAGCGGAUGCACGGGGGGGGGCCGCCACGCACACUACCCCGACAUGGAGGCAGCGUUUUCAUCAUCGACGCGUUCCGCCACUGUGGGAUCUCCAGCAAGCUGGACGGAACGGAGAACCACCUGGUGAUGUCUCACCUGCGCGCCAGGAGCACCACCGAUGUCUCCGAGGACAUGUCCCUCGGGGGGACCACUGGCGACAACACGCGCCUGCUCGGGAAGGCUCCAGAGGAGGAGGUGGAGGAGGAGGAGGAGGAGGAGGAGGAGGAGGGGACGUUUGCAGGCGGAGGGCGUGCGGGAGGUGGCCGUGGCAACUGGCCUGGAGGUGCUGUACCAGGAGACCCCCAACUACCGCGGAGCGGCGGCCGAGGCUGA